AUGGCGACUCAGAAGAUGGAUUCCGCUAUGGUCAAAGUUCUCGGUCAAAAGUAUUGGAACCAUUUUGCGAUCCAGCUCGGUCACUGGAAUCCGAUGAAGGUCGUCAUCAUGAGCGAGGAAACAUUCAGUAACAUGUCCUGGCCCGUUAAGAUUGAGCUUGCCCGCGAAAUGGGCAAAUAUCUGAACGAAGAGGUCAUGUAUUGCCAAGAUGCUGAGAAUGCAAGCGUCUGGAUUCUUGGUCCGAAGAAGGUUCUUGCUCCGAGCGUCCUGGUUAUCAACAGCAUUCCCAUCUGGGACCCCAAGAAAAAGCAUGCUCGUGUGCCAGCCAAGAUCCCUCGUCCGCCCAAUGCCUAUAUUCUAUAUCGUAGAGACAAGCACAACCAAGUCAAGGCGGAGCACCCGGGCUUGCAUAACAACGAAAUCUCUGUCAUCACUGGCGCCAUGUGGAAGGGUGAAUCACCUGAGGUUCGAGCUCUCUAUCACCAGAAGGCUGAGGAGCUCAAGCAACAACUGCUCGAUAACCACCCUGAGUACCGCUAUUCCCCUCGCAAGCCAUCUGAGAUUCGUCGUCGUGCGCGUCGUGCUCAGUCUUCCCAGAACACUUCCCUGAAGUCCAACCUGAAGAACAUGCAAGCUGCGUUCUCUCCUAUUAGCGAGAUCACUCGUCAGAUCCCCCAGGCGUCUAAGUUCCUUCCUCCUUUCGCGAAUGCGAGCUGGACUCCUUACCAUCUAUUGUCCGGCUCUGAUGGCCCUUCUAUUACUGAAGAGCAGAAUGCUACAUCCGCUGAAGGCACUGCCGUCAUGCAGGACGACCUGGGUCAGAACGCCACAUCCAUCCAGGAACUUGGUUAUGCUCAGGAUGUUGCUUUAACUCAGCACAAUGCUCAUUUCCCGGCCACCACCGUUACUGUCACUGACCACGAGCUGACAGACGAGUCCCCCCAGGACUUUUCAGGCCCCUGGAGUCAUGACGACUCACUUUCACACGUUAACUAUCACUUCAAAGUCGACUUGAAGAUGACGGGACACAAGCUUCAGUUGAAGGGGCCGAGAGAGCAGCAUGGAAAGAUGGAAGAAGACCGGACCGAACAGACCACCUGUUGCAGAGAGACGGGCCAAACGGAUGAUCCCUAUGCACGUAGCGAAGCGAAGCUGCUGACUUUUGCUGCGGCGACGUCGGGUCGCUUCGACACCUCGCAGCAGGUCGCAGUGCAGCAGCGCCAGGACAUCGAACACAGCACCGCAGCACCAAACCAAGCAUGA